CAUUAUUAAUAACAUUAUUAACAACGCUUUCGCUGCUCGAAUAUCACUGAAUGUGACAUGGCACGCGCGCAUUUUGGGUGUGAUUCUCGCAUUUUCUGCUUGGAGUGUUCCUGCUCCGCGAGCGUUUUGUUUUGGUGCCUCAAUGUCAAGGCGAGGCUGCCUGCCUGCCUGCCUGCCUGUGUGAGGGUCUCUGUGUGAGCGCGGAAAGGGGAUGGGUGGGUGGGUGGGUGGGAGGAAGUCGUGGUGGGUGGGUGUUGGGGAGGGGGUAGCCAGAGGUUACGGGAUUCCUUCAGAAGGGGAAAAAAAAAUAAAAAAUUAAAACAAGGUGCGGUUGUGGCGCUGUUGGAGGAGAAGGUGAAUGUGGAUUGUUGCGCGGUGCCAAACGCUGGAGCGAGGCAGGGUCUGCGCGUCAUCCCCCGCUGCCAGGUUGUGGCGUUAUGGUGCAUUCCCCUGAUUAUAUAUUCACGGAUUGUUGUGGUGCAUUCAGGGACCGGUGUGGUCUGUUUACCCCCCUACACUCACACCUGCUUUCAUAACACACGUGGCUGAUGAGAAUGUUCAAAUUAAAUGCUUUAGGGAUUCAAAUCAUUAUAAUUAUUAUUAUUUCAGUUCUGUUAAUGUGCCGCUUUAAAAAUACUCAGUGCCUUAUUUAAAUGUUGCAGGGACUCUGUGUGCGCGGACUAUUUAUACCCGGGUUCUUUUGGGUUAGUAGGCUACUUCAUGCAGACAACUGAAAAAAAAAAAAAAAAAAAUCCCAUGCAGGCUCCGCGGACACACUUCUCUCCGUCACGUGUAGCAGCUCUUUGUAAAGGUUAACGCGGCUGUGCAGCCCUCAGGGUUAACCCUUUAGUGGCCCGGCAGUCCCUGAAGGAGCACAACACAAACCAGGAGUGAGAGCGCGAGGCAUGAUCAUCUGGAUACGCGCGGACACUUCUAUUGCUUGUUUUUUUUUUCCUCCUUAUUCUACCUUUUUUGUUUACGGCUCGCACUGAGCGAAGAAUGGUGAAGUCCCGAUGGCUCCGAUGAGUGCGAGCCUUUCAUCUUGCAGUCGACUGCAGAGAGAACCGAGGCAGACAGAGCGCAAGGCUCCCCAAGAGACUGACAUGCUGAGGUAGACAGGCCGACCUACAUCCUGCUGUUUGUGUGGAGAUCUAGGACACUUCUGCGCCAGCAUAGCUCAGUGUGCUGCUCUUAUGCCAAACCUUUAGCAACCAACAAAAGCAAGAGUGAAAAAGAGGAAAUCUGAGGACAGAUUCAAUCCACUUACAGUCUGUGAUACUUUAAGGAGUCCGGACACCAAGAACUCUUCCAGCGGAUAAAUGAGGGUGGCUAAUGCUGAGCUCCAGCUGUUCUUCAUCUUCCUGGCCAAUUUGGACACUUGAGUCCCCUCUUGGUGUAACUACACAGAACUUGCAAUAAAUAGACGACCUUUGGGAGACGGGCUGUUCAUCACCUCCCCUACAUCCCCCCCGACCUCUGUUCUAGUUCUUUCCUCAGUCACACGAGCAAAUUUUCAAGCUGGCUGCCAGCGGAAAAGAAUGGAAAAUCUGACUUCGGCUCUUAAAACAAUAAACAAAAGCUCAGGGAAUAACCUAAACUGCCUUGAUACCUACAACACGUAUGAAGAGUCUCAUCCCGCUAUUCCAGGGACUCCAACUCGUAUAGGAAGACUCAUCAAACCCAAACCCAACAUGACCUGCAGGAGAAAGCGUGAGUUCAUCUCCGAUGAGAAGAAAGACGCCUCGUACUGGGAGAAACGGCGCAAGAACAACGAGGCCGCCAAGCGCUCCCGAGAGAAGCGACGUCUCAAUGACAUGGUUUUGGAAAACCGUGUCAUUGCACUGAAUGACGAGAAUGUGAGGCUCAAGACCGAGCUGCUCCAGCUGAAGCUGCGCUUUGGCCUCAUAAGCACUGCCUCCUACAUUGAGAAGAGCCAACAGAUUGGCGGUGGAAACAACACAAGUAGUGGCAGUUCAACCUCCUCCUCCACUCAGUACUACUCCAGUGGUUAUUCUAGUGGUUCUCAGGUGAUGAUGAACUCUGACUCCUCUGAAACAGAGCAGUCGGGACGUAGCGAGGGCCAUAGACAGCUGGUGAAAUACUCCCCACGUGGCUCCCUCUCUGACAUGUCCGAUGGAUCCUCCAGGGACAGCCCUGAACCGAUGCCCUUUGAGAUCAAGCAGGAAGGUGACAGGCUGGAGAUGGACAUCGCCAAUGGCACCACCACCCAGAUCAUGUUCAAUGUCCACCGUGGCUUGGCCUCUGUGCCCACACACCAUCAGAUUCAGCAGCAUAAUCAGGAGAUUGAGGCUGCUUAUCACAGUCAACAGCAGCAGCACCUUCAGCAACAAGUGCAACCCCACCAGGAGCCCGGUACCUCUGUCAACCAGGCUGCCCCACAUCCACCUGCUGCCCAGAGGAGCGUAAUUCUGUACGGUGCCAGCAGUGCCUCCUAUCCUGUGGACGCCCUGACGAGGUCCCAGGACACUGAUCUGCAGAGCAGCGGCAGCAGCCCGAUGUGUGUCAACCAAAUGCCCCAGUCCUUCACAGAGGGCUCCACAGACACACUGGCUGAGGUGACAAAGCAGCUGGAGAGGAAGACACUAGACUCCCCUUCCUGCGAGCUUUCAGACAGCCGCAACGAGGCCAUAGAGAGGCAGGUGUACAGAGUUUGCCAACUUUCCCAGCAGCAGGACCAGCAUCAGCAACAGCAGGAGAGCGAUUCCCCCGCAGAGCGCCUCCAUAAACACCUGGAGGGGGUCAGCCACUCGCACCUGUACCACCAUCUCCAGCAGCCUCAUCAUUCAUACCUCAGUGCACAAGACGAGGAGCCACCUGUGCUUACCUACGAGGGGGGGCCUAGGAGUGAGGUUCACUACCAAGGCCAAUCAACAUCCUCUAGAAAGGAUGCCACAUCUAGCGAAGGAGAUCCCUGCAGCCCCGACAAGGAGGCCUCCACGGAUGACGACGAGUCCACGCCUUCGUCCUGCUCAGACAUGGGCAGCUUCCACAACCAACAUGUUCCCGGUGUCCUCCAACCACCCUCGCCUCUACCCCCCUCCCAGGGCUGUGCUCAGGCCCAGGGGUGGGAUCCUCAGGGGGAGGUGAGGGGAACAGCACUGCCCCACAAACUGAGACUCAAACACCGGGCCAUGAGCACCGGAAGCGCCGGCAACUGCUCCGGCCACGAGUCCCCGACCACUCCUCCCUCUGCCACGCCACCCCCUCUCCCCCAGCAUCCCUACUUGUCCCUCACGCCUCCACAGAACAUUAAGCGUGAGAGCCAAGGGGGCGCUGGGGAGGGGGCCAGAAAAGAGAGCGGGAAAAAGGAGACGGGUGGACGACGGAACAAGAGGAGAGAUUAGGGUGACAUUUUUUUUGUCAAAUGACAAUUUCUCCUCUGAGAACUACCCUGCCAUCAUGCCUUUGCCCCUUCCUCAAGCCCUUGGGACAGAAAACUGGGCUUUUCUACUCCCCCUAUCCCGCCCCAGUAUCACCAAAAAGACUGGAAAACUUGUGGGGCUGUAAUAUAUUUGUAUAUGUUGUACAGACUUGUCAUUUCUUACAUCUUCUCCAUACUUAACAGAAGCACUUUUGUUUAUGUGAUGAGAGGAGGAAUGGAACUGCCGGCUUUUCUACUUUUGUCGUCCACCAGUAAAACAGCAGAGUACAUCAACGAAAGCACACUUCGAUAACUCACAAAAAGGAAUGUAGAGAAAUAAAAAUGUCAAGCUUUAUCAGUACUAGAAAUUUGGUACAUAUCUGACUGUAGACGAACAUACACACAUGUAUGGCUGAUUGCCUUAACUAGAAUCAAAUGCAAACGUACACCGGGGACAAUCCCGCAACCAAAGAAGCACCAACGCCAACGACACUACAAAAGUUCCAUACCUCUUCCCAGACCCUACCUCUACCAACCCAUGCUCUACCUAACCAUCUCCAUCAUUUCCUCAAAAGAUUGCCAUCACCUUUAUUUUUUAAAGCACUUGGUUUGUAUAUUACUGUGAUAUAUGAACAUAUGUAUCUAUUAUAAACAUAUAUUUUGGAAAAGAAAAUUGAAUACAAAUUCGCACAAAAAUAACGAGGGUUCUGAACGUGACCACUCAAUUACAAAAAUUGCCGUACAACCACAUCGUCUGCCGUCGAUGCAGGAACCAUACAAAUUUAAAAACAGAUCUCCUGAUUGUCAAGCUUAAGCAUUAAUUGUUAUUUAAUGCCCUGUUUACACGGAGAUGGCCGUCCAGAUUGGAGCGCCAGCAGCACUGAAUGGAAGUUGUUUCUUGAGGCGAAAUGUUUGGAUUUAUUAACCUUUAACCAGCCUUUAAAUAAUCGGUGGACGUCACCAGCUGCAGGCUAUAACAAGCCUUUAGUUUAUUUGAGCUUUAUUAAACCAUAUCUUGUUGUUGUUACCGCUCACCAGCCCCAUGUAUUUAUUUCCCAACCCUUUUUCCACACGCCCAUCACUGUAGAAAAGCCCACGGGAACAUAGACUGGGAAUGUGUACAGACCUUAUUAGAUGCAUACAUCUAUCUCAGCCCUGGUUGUGAACGUUAAUGUAGGCAUGGGACGCAAGAAACAGGAGGAAAUGAGGCUCACGUUAACACACUACAGCGCACUGAGUUCUGGAAAACAAAAAAAAAAGCUCCUCCUGUUUAAAGAGUAGCAGAGCCAUCCAUGGCUAUUGAUUACUUUGGUUUUGUAGUGUGACCAAACAGAUCUGAUCCCAGAUUUAUCAAGUUACGGUGGAGUAAAAUCUAAUGCGAUACCAAAUUUGUCUAUGAAUUGGAGUUAAUGAAGAAAGUUGCCUUCCCUUUGUCUCCCAUGUGCCUCCAUUGUUCACUUUCAGGGGUUGUUCAUCCCUCUCUUGUGGUUGUUCUACUACUACUGGGCAGUGAUGAAUUGCCUUCACUGGAUCCUAGUUUAACAAAUGUCUAUGUACCAUGUUUGGCUUUUUGGUGCUUGUGUAUAAAUGUAAAGUCCCCACCCCACCCUUGAACAACACUGUAAUGUUUGUUUCAUUGGUUUUGUAUCCUCUUUUUAGUCAAGGUGAUGUUCUGUUUUCUUCUCUACUGUGUCUUUGCUCCUCCUACUGACUGUGAUGACAUGUAUUUUUGCCUCAUUCCUCCUCACCCCCGCGCCCCCACCCCCAUCCCCUCCUCCUCCUUUUUUUCCAGCGUGUAUUAAUCAGUAAUGUUUGUGGUUUUGCUGAUGGUUUUAUGAAAAAAGACAUAAAUGGUGUUUAGAGAUGGGUGGUGGUUGGUCAGGUCGGUCAUUACCAUCGCUUCCUUUUGACAUGUAUGUAAAGACACUAAUGUUCAUUGUGGAAGAUGGGAGCA